AUGUCGACCCCUGAUGGAAUAACGAUUGACAGAGUCCAAGUGCUUCCUGCCAAAGGUGUCACAUCAGGAACCUUUAAACUGCCAGAAGUGAUCAGCACUGGCACAUGGAAGGUGGUGGGGAAAUUCCAGAAGACUCCGCAGAUAAAUUUCACUGCUGAGUUUGAGGUCAAGGAAUAUGUACUUCCAACAUUUGAGGUCAGUCUGGAAGCCAAACGAUCAUUUUUCUAUGUGGACGAUAAAGAACUGCUUAUCGACAUAACAGCCAAGUACCUCUACGGGAAGGAGGUGGACGGAAAGGCGUUCGUGGUGUUUGGGUUGAUGACUCCAGAAGGAGAGAAGAAGAGCCUUCCGGGGUCUCUCCAGAGGGUGGAGAUCACCGCAGGGAAAGGCAGUGCUACGCUGAAGCAGGAGCACAUCUUACAGGUCAGCCCCAACAUGCAGCAGCUUGUCGGAUCAUCCAUAUACGUGUCCGUCAGCGUCCUGACCAGUACGGGCACGGAGAUGGUGGAGGCGGAGAAGAAGGGCAUCCUCAUCGUCACCUCGCCCUACACCAUUCACUUCCAGAAGACGCCCCAGUACUUCAAACCCGGGAUGCCGUUUGACAUUAUGGUUUACGUGACAAACCCAGAUGAAAGCCCUGCUAAAAACAUCCGGCUGAAGGUUUCUCCAGGAGACGUGCAUGGCGAUACCAACAGGGACGGCCUGGCCAAGAUCACCAUCAACACUGGUGGGGGGGCCAAUGACCUCAAAGUUACUGUGCAAACAGAAAUGAAUGAACUGAAACCACAGCAACAGGCAAGGAAGAACAUGGUGGCCCAGCCCUACCUAACAUAUGGGAACUCCCAGAACUACCUGCAUAUCGGGAUCACCUCAGCCGAGCUGGGAAUCGGCGACAACCUGCUCGUAAAUCUGAACCUUAAGAACAAUGCAGGGGUCCAGGAUCAGAUCAGUCACUUCACAUACCUGGUAGUGAACAAAGGACAGAUCAUCCGUGCGGACAGACAGGAGAGGGAGAAAGGUCAAUCACUGGUGAUCUUGUCGCUGCCGAUCAGGAAAGACAUGAUCCCGUCAUUCCGACUGGUGGUUUAUUACCACCUGGGACAAGCAGAGGUGGUGUCAGAUUCGGUCUGGGUGGAUGUGAAGGACACCUGUAUGGGGACGCUCAAAGUCACCUCGAAGAAGACAGAAUAUCAGCCACGUAACAAGUUCACUCUGAAAAUUGAGGGUGACCCUGAGGCCAAGGUGGGGCUGGUGGCCGUGGAUAAGGGCGUCUACGUGCUGAACAGCAGAAACAGACUGACCCAAAGCAAGAUCUGGGACACAGUGGAGAAGCACGACAUCGGCUGCACGGCAGGAAGCGGGAGGAACAGCAUGGACGUCUUUUAUGACGCUGGGCUGAUUUUCCAGUCCAAUGCUAAUGUGGAGACCAAAUCCAGAACAGAGCCUCACUGCCCCGCCCCCCCAAAGAGGCGGCGCCGCUCCAUCACCUUGCUGGACCUGAAGACCUCGUUGGUCAGCAAAUACAGCACGCAGCUGCAGAAGCAGUGCUGCGCAGACGGCAUGGUGGAGAACCUCAUGGACUACACCUGCGAGCGCCGCGCCGAGUUCAUCAUCGACGGGGCCGAGUGCGUCAGCGCAUUUCUGCACUGCUGCAAAGAGGCUGCNACAAACCGGCAGAAGGCCGCCAAUGAGAACCUGCUGCUGGCCCGCUCAGAAGAUGAUGACAACUACGUCUCGGACAGAGACAUCGUGUCACGCACACAGUUCCCUGAAAGCUGGUUGUGGCAGGAGGAGACACUGCCAGCGUGCCCCAAUGGAAAGACAGACUGUGCUUCUACAUCAAUGGAAAUUACAAAUUUUUUGAAGGACUCCAUUACCACCUGGGAGGUCACUGCUGUCAGUCUGUCAAAAAAAAGUGGAAUCUGUAUGGCGAGUCCCUUUGAGAUGAAAGUGAUGAAGGACUUCUUCAUUGACCUGAAGCUGCCCUAUUCUGCUGUGCGAAAUGAGCAGCUGGAGAUCAAAGCUGUACUUUACAACUACAUGGAAGAUGACAUAAAAGUUCGUGUGGAACUGAUGGACACUGAGACAGUGUGCAGUGCAGCCCACAAGAAGAGGAAGUACCGGGAGGAGGUGAUGGUGGAGGCAAUGUCCUCCAACUCUGUGUCCUUCAUCAUCAUCCCCAUGGGACUCGGGAAGCACUCGAUUGAGGUCCAAGCUUUUGUCUAUGACUCCAUCAGCCGUGAUGGUGUGAAGAAGGACCUGCUGGUGGUGCCUGAAGGGAUACACAUCAGGAAGGAGAUUAAAACAGUCAUUCUGGAUCCUGCUACACACAAUAAGAAUCAGAUGGAGACAGUCAAGGGUGCUGAUCUGAAGAAUAGGGUGCCUGGGUCCCCUGCUGAAACAUUCAUCAGCGUGACUGGUGAGCAGAUUGGCCAGACCAUCUACCAGGUCAUCAGCGGCUCAACGCUUGGGAACCUCAUCCAGCAGCCAUCAGGCUGCGGGGAGCAGAACAUGAUUGGCCUCACAGGACCAGUCAUCGCCACGCUCUACCUGGACAGCACAGGCCAGUGGGAGAGGGUGGGAGUGGAUAAGCGAGAGACGGCCAUCAAAUACAUCCGCACAGGUUACAUGCAGGAGUUGACGUAUCGCAAGGAAGACGGAUCAUACAGUGUUUGGAAACAUACACGAAGCAGCACCUGGCUGACAGCAUAUGUGACCAAGGUGUUCGCCAUGGCGUACCCUCUCAUCAGCAUUGAGGAGAACGUGAUCUGCAGCGCCACAAAGUGGCUGAUCUUGAACGCACAAGAGCCUGACGGCACCUUCAAAGAGCAUGCCCCAGUCUACCACGGAGAGAUGGUGGGAAACGUGCGAGGGAAAGACGCUGAUGCAUCGCUGACGGCGUUUGUCCUCAUCGCGAUGCAGGAAGCGCGUCCCAUAUGUGGAGCAGACAAAGUCAGCAGUCUGCCAGAUAGCAUCAAGAAAGCCCAGAACUUCCUGACCGGCAGAAUCGGCACCCUAACCAACCCCUAUGCUGUGGCCAUGACCUCCUACGCCCUGGCCAACGAGGGCAAGCACCAGGUGGACACCUUGAUGAAGUUUGCAUCCAGAGAUAAAACCCACUGGCCGGUCAUUGGGAGCCAUCUCUUCACCCUGGAAGCCACUGCAUAUGCGCUGCUGGCUCUGGUCAGGGCCAAGGACUUUGAUAAGGCCGGGCCCGUGGUGGACUGGCUGAACAAGCAGCAGUUCUAUGGCGGAGGGCAUGGCUCCACCCAGGCCACUAUCAUGGUCUUCCAGGCUGUGGCUCAGUACUACACAGAUGUGACUGAUGUGAAGGACAUCAACCUUCAGGUGGAUAUCAGCGUUGCAGGUCGCAGUAAACCCCUCGCAUGGACUUUUAACAAGGGCAACGCCUACUUAACCCGCUCCCUGAAGGUCAACUAUAACCAAGAUCUCAACAUCACAGCCAAGGGAGUCGGGCAGGGGGUCGUGUCGGUCAUGACCAUGUAUAACGCCUUACCUGCUGAAGAGAAAGUGGCCUGCAAGAACUUUGACCUACAAGUGAAACUGACAAAAACAGUCCAACACCCUUCAUGGGACACCAGUCCAACACCCUUCAUGGGACACCAGUGCAACACCCUUCAUGGGACACCAGUCCAUUGCAAAGCACAUGCACACAUUCACACAAUGUACCUGUCUAAAGACAGAGAUGCCACCAUGACUGUUCUGGACAUCACCCUCCUCACUGGCUUUGUAAUAGAUCAGGAUGACCUGAGAAGGCUAACCACAGGAAAGGACAAGUAUGUUCAGAGGUUUGAGAUGGACAAGCAGCUGUCUGAGAAGGGCUCCCUCAUCCUCUACCUGGACAAGGUCUCUCGUAAGGUGCCUGACAGAGUGGUCUUCAGGCUGCACAAGGACCAGAACGUGGGCAUCCUCCAGCCAGCUGGCAUCACCAUCUAUGAGUACUACUCCAUGGAGAAUCGCUGUACGCAGUUCUACCAUCCAGAGAAGAAGAAUGGCAGCCUGAACCGCAUCUGCCAUGAAGAUGUGUGCCGCUGUGCUGAAGAGAACUGCAGCUUACAGAAAAAACUUGGAAAAGAAGACCUGGACCGCUACACAGAAGCAUGUAACGCUGGUGUCGACUACGUUUACAAAGCCACGGUGCAGGAUGCUGAACUCUCUCACACCCUGGACCGUUUCAUCCUGCAGAUUGUCGAGGUGAUCAAAGAAGGCACCGACACUGGGGUUCAGGGCCAAAGACGGCAGUUCAUUUCACACCCCUACUGCAGAGACGCAAUUGACCUGCAGGUGGGCAAGACCUACCUGCUGAUGGGCAAGUCGGAGGACCUCGUGAAGAGUGACAAGGAGAGCCUCUACAUGCUGGGAGGAGGGACGUGGAUUGAGUACUGGCCCACCAACGAGGACUGUCAGAAAGACGAGUAUCGGCAGACCUGCCUGAGCAUCGCAACUUCCACCACAGACCUCUUAACUUUCGGCUGUCCCACCUAAGCUGUCACCUGUCCGUCUGUGUGUAUGCGUGUUUGCCCAUGUGUUGUCCUUCACAAAUUUCAUGCCUGAGAUCAUGCCGGUUCCUCAGCCGUGCAUCACCUGCUUACACGGAACAAUGUAAACAACAGCAUCUUUCGGAUCCCACAUAGCUUUUAAGUAGAACCUUCCUUGUAAUCUACAAUCAAGUUUCAGUUCAAUUCACCCUUGGCUGUGUUUUGAUAUUUAGACUCAAAAUGUCUAAAACGCAAGAACAAAAAAAACAUGAACAUAUGGAAAUAAAAUUUUCAGUCAUGUAGUAUUUUCCUGCAAUCCAGUGAGGAAUUCAAUAUGAAAUUCGUUUUCUGAACACAUCAGAAUGAUUGUCCAUGC